UUAUAUUCCCAUUGCUGUCUCGUACAAGACACUGGCCUCCCUGCCUUGUGAUUUCUUCUAGUUGCCAACACUUUUACCACAAAAUUAUAAAUAUGGCAUCCCUCCUUUCCAAUCGAGGACAAGAAAAUCUUGCGGGAUUAGAGAUUCCAUGGCGGUUUGCACCACCAGCUUCAAAAAGAUACAAUAAAGUUUCAAAUCCGUCAGGUUUGAUAUCCUUCGCCACGGCCGAGAAUGCAGGGGUUCAAGAAGAACUGGAAAGAUACGUCGCAGAAAAUGUCAGAAUCCCCGCAGCAGCAUUCUUCUACCGUUAUAGUACCCUAGGUGGCCCCCUCUUUCCCGCAGCGAUGGCUUCCUUCAUGAAUGAGCACUUCAAUCCCUUCAUACCCGUAGAGGGGAACCAGAUAUUAGUCGCCAGCGGCAUAACAGGAAUCUUGAAUAUGCUAGCGUUCAGCCUGGGCGAUCCAGGCGAUGCGGUUCUGGUCAGUUCUCCAAUAUACGGGCGAUUUGAGCUGGACUUCAGCAACGAGGCGAGGUUGAGGAUAGUUUAUGCGAGGAUGGAAGGGUUGGAUUCUUUUGAAGAGGGGGUAGUGGAGCGAUUUGAGGAAGCGAUAAAGGAAGCCGAGGCGAGUGGAACGAGGAUCAAGGCAUUGAUGAUCAGUAACCCGAGUAACCCGCUGGGGAUAUGUUAUCCGAGGGAAACACUGCGAAAAAUCAUGGCCUUUUGCCAAAACCAUCGAAUUCACCUCAUCAGCGACGAAGUCUAUGGACUUUCUGUCUUCGAUACUGGCAAUCCAGAUGCCAUGUCUUUCACGUCGGUUCUGUCUUUCGACACAACCGGGCUUAUAGACGAUGAGCUUCUCCACGUGCUUUACGGGAUGAGCAAAGAUUUCGGUGCAGCAGGUCUUCGUCUCGGCUGUCUCAUCACUCGCAGCGUUCCCGUAUAUCGCGCUUGUACCGCAAUCGGCCGCUUUCACAACCCCUCGGGUCCCUCCAUUGCAAUCGGUACCGCAAUUCUCGAAGACCGCGCAUUUCACACAUCCUUCCUAGCUCGUUGCCGCUCCCGUCUCAGUAACGCCUACAAAGUUACCACCGGCGCUCUAGAGAAGGCAAAUAUCCCAUAUCGUAAAGGUGGAAACGCCGGGUUAUUUGUUUACGUCAAUCUAUCUGCAUGGCUGCCCGACGCAGGCAUGAGUGGGCAAGAUAGGGAGUUUGCGUUGGCGCAGCACCUGGUUGAUCAUGGAGUAUUUCUGCAUCCAGGUGAAGAGCAUUGUGAGGAGGCGGGAUGGUUCAGGUUGGCGUUCGCGAGUCUGGGUGACGAGGAGCUGACGGAGGGCCUGAGACGCUUGACAUCUGCGCUUGACUCGUUGGCUUGAGAAUAGAUUCUUAUGUGGAAGAGUUGAUGAGAUCUUGUUGCGUAGCACUUAUCAGUGGCUAUGGAAGAAAUAUAAGUAGGAAUCACUAUUUAUGAACGGAACUCGCAAUGCUUUUACCCUUCAUCUUAUUUGGAUGCUAUUCAUUCUAAAUUGAAG